AUGGCCCUUGUGGGCGGGGCGGCAGUUGCUUCGUCCGCCAUAGUCGCCUGUCUUUCGGUGAGCAGGUCAUCCCAAUCGAUACGGGAAGUGACCGCGGGAAUCGAUCGCAUCGACGCCGGCGACCUCGACCACCGGAUCAGGACCGACACGAGCGGCGAUACCGGCAAGCUCGUGGCCGCCUUCAACCGGAUGGCGACCUCGCUCACGAGCAUGAUGGGCGACCUGUCGGGUGAGCGAAACAAGCUGUCCGCCGUUAUGGAGACCAUGUCCGACGGGGUGAUCGUCGUCGACUCGUCCGGCGACGUGGAGCUCCUCAACGGGGCGGCCGCGACGCUCUUCGGAGUCGAUCCGGGCGUCGAUCGGGACACGCCGUUUUCCAUCGGCCACGACCAUGAGCUCCGGCAGCUUGUCGCCGCCUGUCGCGAGGCCGGGGAGCCGCAGUACGCCGAGAUCAUACUCACGGAGGGUCGCCGCACGGUGAGCGCCGUCGCGACUACCGCUGGACGAAGAGCCGGGCGGAGCCGUGCUGGUCACCCUGCACGACCUCACGGAGCUGCGGCAGGUCGAGACCUCGCGGCGAGAGUUCGUCAGCAACGUCUCGCACGAGUUGAGGACGCCGCUCUCGUCGAUCAAGGCGAUGGCGGAAACGCUCGAGGACGGAGGCCUGGACGACCCCAGCAUCAACGCCGAUUUCGUUCGACGGAUCAUAUCGAGGCCGACCGGAUGACGACCCUCGUCAACGAUCUGCUUGAGCUGACCAGUCUACAGAGCGGACAGGCCGACAUGAAGGCCCAGCAGGUGGACAUCGCGUCGGUUAUCCGCGAGGAGGGCAGCCGGUACGUCCAGGUGGCCGAGGGUCUGGGCAUCGAGGCGCGCGUUUCGCUGCCUGAGGACCCCUGCCGGAGGUCGUCGCGCAGGAGGACAGGAUGCGGCAGGUCGUUCGCAACCUGCUGGACAACGCCCUGA